CCCUCGUAUAGAUUGCAACGACUCACACCACCUCGCCAGACUUACUCGGAGCUUACUACUUCGCCUCACGUGCAAGAAGAUCAUGUCUACUGCUGCUCGUCGCCGUUUGAUGCGAGACUUCAAGCGCAUGCAAACAGAUCCACCCGCCGGCGUCUCUGCAUCUCCCAUCGCAGAUAAUGUCAUGACAUGGAAUGCUGUCAUCAUCGGACCCGCAGAUACACCCUUCGAGGACGGGACCUUCAGACUUGUUAUGCACUUCGAAGAGGCCUACCCGAACAAACCGCCCGGCGUCAAAUUCAUCAGCCAGAUGUUCCACCCUAACGUAUACGGAACGGGCGAGCUCUGCCUGGACAUCUUACAGAAUCGGUGGAGUCCAACGUACGAUGUGGCGGCUAUCUUGACCAGUAUUCAGAGCUUGCUCAACGACCCGAAUACUUCGUCGCCGGCCAACGUUGAAGCGUCGAAUCUGUACAAAGAUAACCGCAGGGAAUAUACCAAGCGCGUGCGCGAGACUGUCGAGAAGAGCUGGGACGACUAGUGCGCUGGGCAGAGGGGUACACCGCGCUAUAUGACGAUGACGGGCAUGGGAUGACGGGAUAGUGGCACGAAGCAUGAGAGGAGUUUAUAUGGUAUCGGAGCAGGGCGACACUCGGGUUGGCUGUUCAUGGUCUGCUUUUGAGCUUUGACAUAGCGAAGGCGUUAGGGUCUUGUUUGAUCCAAUGCACGGCGAAUCGGCGUCAUCUACGCUUUCUGCUUCUUGCUGUGCUUGGAAUACAUCUACAUUGCGC